CUUAGAUGUUUCUGCAGAACUGCUCAAUCUUUUGAGAUUCCUAGUAGAUUUUAUUCAUCGUCCAGGGAGGGCUUUCGAAGAUUCCGUCUUUGCUUUCUGAGAAGUUACUUUGAAAAGGUCAACGACCCUGACAUCAUGUCUACCAAGGCACUCAUUAUCUUUGCUGCAUUGAUCGCCGUUGCCAUGGCCUUCGAUUUCGACGAUGCCGAAGACGAUCUCGCCGCUGAUGUCGAGUUUAUGAAGAGAGACCCAUUCACACAGGACCUUCUGUUGGCGGAGAAAAGGGGGAGGAAUAUGAAGAAAUACAAAGCCUGUGCGAACGCCCCUGGCUGCUGGUGUACGAGGAGGAAAAACAGGGUUGUCUAUUGUGCCGGUGCUGGUGACGGAGGCGCCAUCUAAACACUACACUUGACACUUUGAACACCAGAAUGAAUACAAGACCAACGCUGAUG